AUGACUAAUCAAGAGCUUAAAGAAAAAUUAUAUUCCACUAUUAAAUCUAAAGCCGAAAUUAAUGAUCUCAGCGAAAAGCUGGUAGAUAAGUACAAUGAGCGAGAAAAGGAGUUUGAAAAUAAAGCUAGCCAGUUAAACGCGUCCACUACUAAAGUUAGAUCCCAACUUAUUUCUGAACGAAAGUCUCAUUGUAAGAACCAACGUGAACUUGAAGCCAAAUAUACUGCCGAAAUCAAAUUGCUCAAAUCAAAUAUUAAAACACUAAAGAGAGAGGCAACUUUGGCCUAG